AUGGCAACUAUGUCAAGUGCGACAAAUUAAUUUUAACAUUUUAUCUAUUUUUGGAUUUUUUGGACCAUUAUGAAUCGAAUAAACAAUAUCAUGAUCUCCCAUAUGUAACAAUUUCUGACCUUUUUAAACUUUGUUCAGAUAAGCUUUACUCCAAGACAUUAAUCACGUGAGCGAUGCCCGAGCACUUGGAACUGCAACAUCUCGUAGAUCUCUCUGUUGGAAGUGGUGAUGAAUCAAUACCUAACCUGUUGGAGAACAAGAGGCCACUUAUCAAAAGAUGCCCCUACCUUGGGUUAUUACUAGCUACACUUUCGUCACUUUUCUUCUCAUUAUGCUCUGUUAUUGUUAAAAGUCUGGUAAACAUUGAUCCAAUGCAAUUAGCGAUGUUUCGAUUCAUAGGCGUUUUACUUCCUACUAUACCAAUAGUUAUAUACACAGAGCAGCCUGUAUUUCCUAGAGGAAAACGAAUCCUUCUUAUUUUACGCUCCAUUGUAGGGACAGUGGGGCUAAUGUUAAGUUUUUAUGCCUUUCGAAAUAUGCCACUGGCUGAUGCCUCAGUGAUUGUAUUUUCUGUGCCAGUUUUUGUAGCUUUGUUUGCCAGGGUAUUCCUGAAAGAGCCUUGUGGAAUUUGGAAUACAAUUUCAAUAGUAUUAACUUUAGUUGGUGUUGUGUUAAUCACCCACCCACCCUUUAUAUUUGGUGAAAGUGAAGCUUUAACUAAUCCUAACUAUAACAGUUUGAGGGGUGCCAUUGCUGCAUUUGUCUCAACAAUAUUUGGAGCCAAUGCUUAUGUUUUACUCAGAGUCCUCAAAGGUUUACAUUUUUCUGUGAUCAUGACAAAUUUUGGUGCUAUUGCCAUAAUGCAAACAUUAUUUUAUUCCUUUAUUUUUGGUGUUCUGUGUAUGCCUAACUGUGGGACUGAGAGAUUUUUAGUUGUAUGUUUAGCAAUAUUUAGUUAUUUAGGACAGAUUUUGCUAACAAUGUCUCUACAAAUGGAACAGGCAGGACCUGUAGCAAUUGCUCGUUCAGCUGACAUAGUCUUUGCUUUUCUAUGGCAAGUCAUGUUUUUUGAUGAAAUACCAAGUAAGUUUUCAGUAUGUGGAGCAGUAUUAGUACUUAGUUCUGUUUUACUUGUAGGUUUACGAAAAUGGGCAUUAGCUUUGCCAGAAGAUUCACAGUUAAGGAGGAAGUUAGGAAUGUUGGCACAGUAAAUAAUAUAAUAUCAUUAUUUCUAUUGUAUCAUAUUUUUGAAUAUGUACCUAAUGUUAUCUGUGAUCAUUGUUUCUACCUAAAAAGCACAUUGCAUUAUAUAUUUUGCAAAAAAAUAAUUAUCAAUGUUGGCUCCUGAAGAACCUGAUCCCUUUUAUCCAAUUUUACCUUUAGUUAGUAUUUACAGAGUGCAAUAAUAUGUUAAGUAACCUGCUGGCUGGUGUUAUAUGUUUCUCAAUAUUUAUUGUAGAAUACAGAAUGUAAAUAAGUUAAGAGUAUUUACAAUCUUACUUAGGAUAGCUAAACUUACAUGUUAUUAGAUGCUGUUUUGGCAUAUCUUGAAUAAUAUUUGUGCCCCGCUGUGAUUUCUGUAUGCUGCAUACACUACAAGUAGCUGUUCAAUUUGAUUUAACUAAAAUAUGCUACCAGAUAUAAAUAAGGAUUAAAUAAACCAUUACAUUAUUUGUUACAUUAUGGUUAAAUACAAUAAUUUCAGUGUACUAUUUUAAGUAUUGACUGAAGAAUGUUUAGUUGUGAAUUAAAAGCUACCUUUAAUAUAAAAAUAUAAAUGUUAAGCACUGUAUGUACAUACCUUCAAAGACUGUAAUAUAAAUCAGCUGUAUUUACUGUUAAUAACUA